GGCAGCUGCCUAUCCUCUGUCUCGUCGUCGACGACCUUUCCAAUCUCGGCUCUGAGGCGACGAUGGCAACAGCGACGAAGACCUCCGACGAGCACGAUGAUUCCUCGCUCCUCACUAAGCUCGACGAGCUCGUGCCUGCCCCCCUCGCGCAGUUCGACGCAUUUCCCAAGCUCCCGGAGACAUACAAGACACACUCGGAGUCUCGCGGAUUCCUCACUCUCUUCGUUGCUUUCGUUGCUUUCUUGCUUAUUUUGAAUGAUCUGGGUGAAUUCAUAUGGGGGUGGCCAGACUUCGAGUUCGGGGUAGACAAGAUGCCCUCAGCUAACUUGGAUAUCAAUGUGGAUAUGGUAGUGAAUAUGCCCUGCCAAUACCUCAGCAUCGACCUCCGAGACGCCGUCGGUGACCGACUCUACCUCAGCGACGGCUUCCGUAGAGACGGCACCAAGUUCGACAUCGGACAGGCGACUUCUCUGAAAGAGCAUGCCGCGAUGCUCUCUGCGCGUCAGGCUGUUUCGCAAUCGCGUCGCUCUCGCGGCUUCUUCGACACCCUCCUCCAUCGCACUAAAAGCAGCUUCAAACCGACGUACAACUACCAGCCCGACGGGAGCGCGUGCCGCAUCUACGGUACGAUCACGGCGAAGAGGGUCACCGCUAACCUGCACGUUACGACGCUUGGGCAUGGGUACGCGAGCCAUGAACACGUCGACCACAAGUUCAUGAACCUGUCGCACGUCAUCACGGAGUUUUCGUUCGGGCCGUAUUUCCCGGAUAUCACCCAGCCGCUGGACAACUCGUUCGAGAUGGCUCAUGACCCAUUCGUCGCAUACCAGUAUUUCCUCCAUGUUGUGCCCACGACGUACAUCGCACCUCGUUCGAAGCCUCUGCACACGAACCAGUACAGCGUCACGCACUACACGCGUGUGCUCGACCACCACCGCGGUACCCCAGGGAUUUUCUUCAAGUUCGACCUCGAACCGAUCCAUAUGACGAUCCAUCAACGCACUACCAGUCUCGCCGCGUUCUUGCUUCGCUGUGCGGGAGUGGUCGGGGGCGUCUUCGUCUGUAUGGGCUACGCGGUGAAGAUCGGCACGCAUGCCGUCGACGCUGUCACGGGUGCCGAGAAGACGAACGGUAUCGUCGCUGCCGAGUCGACGUCGAUUUCCGCGAACCUCCGCAAACGCUUCGGUGCGGGCGACCUUCGUCUCCGUCCCGGCAAGGAGCGCGUCGUCCGCCACGGUAACGGUUGGGCGGUCGAGGGCGGCUCGCCCUACGGCUCGUAUGCAGGCACGCCACUGACGGGCACGUUCGCGGGGAGCCCGCAGCCGAGUCCAUCGCCCUAUACGCCGUCGUACCCCGGCAGUCCUAAUCCUGCAUCUGCGACGACCCCACGGAGUCCAUCGUAUGGACUAGGACUGGGCGCAGGUUCGCCCAGGAACUCGUACCUCUCCCCGCACACGCCUAGCUCACCAUUCCCAACAGCGGCGACGGUGGGCACGCCCUACAGCCCGUCGCAUGUCGGGGCAGGCGUGGGUUCUGUGCCGGGUACGCCGAGUUUGUACGCACAUUUCCCUCCGACGCCGACGCCGGGGUCUGCAACAGGGGCAGGGGGUAGCGUGUUCGCGCAGCAGCAGACGAGUGUGCUUCCUGCUGCAGGGCCGCCGCCGAGAGGGGCUAGCAGCUUGAGGCACUCGAGUAACGGGAGUGCGAAUGGGAGCGUGGGUUCUGGGAAGAAGGAUGAUUGA